AUGGGCAGCGGCGGCUCCUCGGGCCGCGGGGCUCGGGUGGCCGUGGCCGAGGGCCCGGACGGGGCGGAGCAGCGGGUACCGGUGCGGGGAGGCCGGGUCCCGGCCGCGCUCUGGGAGCAGCGGGGGCUGCAGAAGCUUUACCUGAGCGGGGCCGGCCUGCGGGACGUGCCCGUGGAGCUGGAGGCGCUCCAGCACCUCCGCACGCUGGCGCUGGACGGCAACGAGCUGAUGGAGGUGCCCGAGGAGCUCUGCCACUUGCCCCGCUUAGCGCAUCUCUACCUGGGCCGCAACGGGCUGCAGGGGCUGCCGCCCGCCUUCGCCUGCCUGCAGAGCCUGCGCUGCCUGUGGCUGGAGGGCAACUUCCUGGCCCGCUUCCCCGGUGCCCUCCUGCGCCUCCCCGAGCUCCGCAGCCUGCAGCUGGGGGACAACCGCUUGACCCGGCUGCCCGCGGCGCUGCCCCGCAUGGCCGGGCUGCGGGGGCUCUGGCUCUACGGGAACCGCUUCGAGGAGUUCCCCGCCGUGCUGCUGCGCAUGGGGCAGCUCCGCGUCCUCGACCUGGACCGCAACCGCAUCGCCCGCUUCCCCGACCUCAGCGGCCUCGCCGCCCUGCGCCUCUUCUCCUACGACCACAACCCCGUGCAUCGGCCGCCCCGCGUCGGGGAUGCCGUGAGGCUGGUGGGGAACGGGGCGCAGGAGUUCAUGGAGGAGCGGCAGGAGCGCCUGGAGAGCCUCCAGCGCCAGGAGGAAGAAGAGGAGGAAGGCACCGAGGCCCCACCGGUGGCCCCUGGGGAUGGGGAGGGUGGAUCCGCAGCCCUGCCGGGCUCCCCAGGGGAAACGUGAGCCGCGGCGCUGCAGCCGGACACCCAUAGGGAAGCAUCACGGAGGGAUGCGCAGCCUCGGGCAGGCUCCCAAGGACCAGCAUCUCCCAGCUGGGGCUGGGGAGGAAGA